AUGAUGAUCCGCAAAAACUUCCAGAAAAAAAUCCUUUGGACGGCAUUCGCCAUCAUUGCCGCAUGGACUCGAGUCUGUUCCGCUACAGAUGCCUCAGAUACUACUACAGGCUCAGCAGCCACCAAUCCCAACUUGAAGCACACCGAAGCCUUUCACGAUGUUCUGAAACGAGUAGAGGAUUCUGUGGAAGACCGUACCAUUUGGUUUUACCGUUUCUUGGGCCGUCGAGUCCACAAAUUCAAAGCGGCUGGACUGGAUCCCAAGGAUCACUACUGUGAUUACGAUGAUCCCUCCAAACUCAAGUACUGUCCUCCCAUGAAAAAUUCCGACCGCCAUGGUGGUGGUGGUAGUGAGAAAGAUACUUCAGUCACGAGUCUCAGUCACGAUCCGACCCAGGCAACGAGCACCAUUACCAAUGCACCGACUUUAUCCCACGAACUGAUUGUAAAAUGUCUGGAUACCCCCGAUGAUCCAGAUUGUUUGCGUUUGUUGCAAGGAUUUGGAACGGUGGAAUCUCGUGAGAACGCGGCUCCCGUGGUGGUAGAUACGGCUGGUACGGCCCCGGUAGUGGAUGCCCCAGGCGCGGCCCCUGUGGUGGAUGCCCCGGGUGCAGCUCCGGGUGCGUCUCCAGUAGCAGGUGUGCCCACGGUACAGCACAAGGCCACUGGGAAAGCUUCCCGAGGUGGCACGAUUGAUUCCGAGCACGCCGCUACGGGAGAAGCAUCCAAAGGUCAAGGUAUUCCACCGUCGGUGAUCCAGCGCACCGGCACGGGACGGGUCGGACGAGGAGAUCAACCUUCAGCGACAGAGUACGAUAGUACAGGACGAGUUUCCCGUGAUAAUUUUAUCGAUCUGCAGCAGCAAGAAGGCGGCGAGACUCCUACUCUUGCUAGUUUGAAGGCCAGAGGUGUGGGUCGAGUCAACAGAGAUCAGCCGAGUCCGAUGGAGUACGAUAGCACAGGACGAGUUUCAAAAGACCUUUUUACGGGUGGUGAGGAAACGCCGGUCGGUCAGCCCUCUGUUGGUUAUGAGGGUAAAGGUACCGGACGAGUUGAAAGAGGUAGUUUCACCGGUGGUACUGAACCAUCAGUCGAUCAACCGUCUGUUGUUUACGAAGGCAAAGGUACCGGACGAGUUGAGAGAGGUCAGCAACCAUCGGUGACCUACAAAGGAGAUGCCAAUGGACGAGUUGACAGAGGUCAAUUUACUGGUGGUACCGAACCAUCAGUCGAUCAGCCUUCAAUUGGACAGGCCCUAGCAGGAGUCGAUCAACCUUCUGUUGGUUACGAAGGCAAAGGUAGCGGACGAGUUGAGAGAGGUCAGCAACCUGCAGUGACCUAUAAGGAAACUGCCAACGGACGAGUUGACAGAGGUCAAUUUACUGGUGGUACCGAACCAUCAGUCGAUCAGCCUUCGAUUGGACAGGCCGAAGCCGGAGUUGAUCGGCCCUCGGUUGGAUAUGAAGGUACGGGUGUCGGAGCUGUUGCCAGAGAAAAUGUCAACGAUCAGCCUUCCAGCACCUUUCAGGAUAACAGUGCCGGACGUGUUAACAGAGGCAGCCUUGGUUCGAUUUUCGGAAACGGAGGCGCGGUCGUUCAGAGCAAUGUCGGGACUGGUACUGCUUCCGCAAAUCGUGCGUCUGUACUUCGGGGAUCAAACUUCGUCAACUCGGUACCCAGUGGCACGUUGGCAACUCAGGAACCUACUCGUGAUGAUUGUUAUGGUAACAUGCUUGAUGGGCGGUUCUGUACUUCUGAACAGCCAACUAUCUCUGAAGAACCCACAGUUGUUUUGGAGCCAACCCAGGAGAUUCCGGCUGGGGAGACUGGAUUCUUCAACUACACGGAUGACGAUGAGAUUUCCAAUGCCAAUGCCUUUGGAUCAGUUGGCCGCAACCCACAAUGUCUUAUUGAUAUGCAUAACGUUGAUGACAGUCCUUAUCCAAUUGAAAUGCCGAUCGAGAUUAUUGCAGCCAACAACGUCACAGUGACGUUUACAGUCUCCCAAACUUGGUUCACCUCGCCUGCCAACGCCACUCAGGCAUCUGAGAACAGUCCCAAAUUUAAAGCUGAUACUCUCGAGACGGUCUACAUUGCCCCUCCGGAUGGUGAAAACCGUGUUUGUGAUGUCAACACCAACGUCGCCUAUGGACCUGUUGAAACCUACACUGCCUUUUGCGAUCCUGAGACCCUGGUUGCUGCAGAAGUGGCACCAGCCAUACAUGUAUGGAGCAGGAGGAAGUAUUACCAGACCUCCAAAGGAAGCAAAGGGUUUUGCAGUGUCCAGAGGGAUCGUGCCGGAGAUUCCAGGGUGACAUCUGGCUUCGCGUCAUUGACUCGGCCACCCAAGGAGCAGCGCAAGGACUCAGUUUCGGGCGCGGCCAACCUGACGCGGCCUCCUAGAGCUGAGGAGUUGGCAGGACAAGGCAAAGUUGCUCGACCUUCUGCUGGGUUGACUGGAGAUGGUCGCCUGACCAAGUCUCCGCAGUUCCUACUGGUUCCCGGAUCAGAUCAGUUUGGCAGAGGCAAUAUAACACGUCCCGGGUCGCCUGCUGAAGAGUUUGGCAGAGGAAAUAUCACGCGAGCGCCGAAAUCUCCCACAGCAGAGAUGGUUGGGCAGGGAAAGAUCUCCCGAGUACCUGGAUCACCGUCCGCUGCACCUACCACGACGCUCAUUGGAGAAGGAGACAUCACUAGAUCGCCUGGUUCAAAGCCAACAUCAAUUUCGGGUGGAGGUAAACUGACUAGAGGAAAGGCCCCAACAUCGGUUUCGGGUGGAGGCAACUUGACGCGGGAAACACCCCCAACAUCGAUUUCUGGUGGAGGCAACUUGACCCGGGAAACAGCCCCAACAUCCAGUUCAGGUGGAGGCAACUUGACCCGCGAAACAGCCCCAACUUCCAUUUCAGGUGGAGGCAACUUGACCCGAGAAACAGCCCCGACGUCCAUUUCAGGUGGGGGCAACUUGACCCGCGAAGCAGCCCCGACGUCCACCUCGGGUGGGGGCAAUUUGACCCGCGAAACAGCCCCGACGUCCACCUCGGGUGGGGGCAAUUUGACUCGGGAAACCCCACCAACAUCGAUUUCUGGUGGGGGCAAACUAAGCAAGCCACCAAACUCUGGGAAGACACCGGCUCCAUCCUCCUUCGAAGGUGGUGCCAAUCUUACCAGACCACCCAAGCUAAACGAAACGACCCCAGCGCCGUCGUAUACUGCUGGUGGUGGUGGUUUGACCAAAUCUCCUACUUCAGUGACACGAGGAUACGAGACACCUGGUCCAACGGCUUUUGAGGGUGGUGCAAAUCUUACCAGGCCGCCCGAGCAAAACGAAACGACCGCAGCACCGUCUUAUACUGCCGGUGGCGGCGGUUUGACCAAAGCUCCUACUUCAGCGACACGAGGAUACGAGACACCAGGUCCGACCGCCUUUGAGGGCGGAGCUACGCUUACCAGGCCACCCGAACUUAACGAAACGACCACCGCACCAACUCACUUCACGGGAGGAAGCGACGUGAACAAACUCACUCCUACAUCAUCUUUUGGGUCCGAGACGCCUGCUCCUACAUCUACGGCAAACGAAGCCAAUCUCACUCGUCCGACUGGAACGGCAGUGCCGUCUGCUGGUACCAGUCCUCCCAGCCAAGGUACGGCGCAGCCCUCUGGACCAACCAUUGGAGAGACGCCGGUCCCUUCUGUAAAAGAGGCAGCCAUUGUGACUGUAAGUCCAACAGUAGGCGCUCCAAGCAUCCAAAAAACACCGGUUCCCUCCAGCGUGCAGACUCCUCCAAAUGAAGCCACUUCGGCGCCUACUCCAACAUUUGUGCAAGUGACACCAGCCCCAACUCCAAAGGAAACAGACGUGGCGCGAAAGCCUGUCCCGACUGCUGAAACGAUCAGUCCGUCAGCCAUACAAUCGAUACUGACUUCAACUCCUACUGGAACUGAAACCACAAGUCCUAGUACUGUUUUUGUUCCAGUGACCCCUGUUCCUACUACGAAAACAACAGUUGUUCCCGAAACUCCCACGUCCAAUCCAAGCGUAUUUGGAGAGAAAACUCCAGUGCCAUCAACCACUGAAACAGUUUUGACAGGAAUCCCCACUUCCACACCAAACCCUAGCACAGGUGUCACACCGCCUCCUGCAGGGAUAACCACUGUUUCUCCAAACACUGGUCUUCCAGUCCCACCCUCCUUCACAGAAAACACCCCGGUGCCAUCCAACAGGGAAACAGUUUUAACAGGAAUCCCCACUUCAACACCAAAUCCAAGUGCAGGAGUCACUCCUGUUCCCACCGAGGAAACAACAGUUCCUCCAAACACUGGACUUCCAGUGCCACCUGCCUUUCCAGAGAACACACCAUUCCCAACAAGUAAAGAAACUCUCUUGACAGGAGUGCCAUCAUCCACUCCCAACCCCAGUGUUGAUGUUACUCCUAUCCCCACAGAGAAAACGACUGGUCCACCAAAUAGUAUACCUCCAACAGGGCCACCACUUUUCCCAGAAAACACACCAGUUCCAACAAGCAAGGAAACAACGUUGACAGGAGUGCCAUCAUCCACGGCCAGCCCCAGUGUGGGAGUUACCCCGGUCCCCACUGGGAAAUCCACUGGUCCUCCAACCAGUGUGCCUCCAACAGUGCCACCUGGCCUUCCACAAAACACACCGGUUCCAACAAAUAAGGAAACAACGUUGACAGGAGCGCCAUCAUCCACUCCCAGCCCUAGUUCUGGAGUUACCCCGGUUCCUACCGUGAAAACAACUGGUCCACCCAACAGUUUACAACCAACAGGGCAACCUGGCCUUCCACAAAACACUCCAGUUCCAACAAGCAAGGAAACAACGUUGACAGGAGUGCCAUCAUCCACUCCAAGCCCUAGUGCCGGGGUUACUCCCGUCCCCACUGGGAAAACCACUGGUCCUCCAACCAGUGUGCCUCCAACUGGGCCACCUGGCCUGCCACAAAACACUCCAGUUCCAACAAGCAAGGAAACAACGUUGACAGGAGUGCCAUCAUCCACUCCAAGCCCAAGUGCGGGGGUUACUCCCGUCCCCACUGGGAAAACCACUGGUCCUCCAACCAGUGUGCCUCCAACUGGGCCACCUGGCCUGCCACAAAACACUCCAGUUCCAACAAGCAAGGAAACAACGUUGACAGGAGUGCCAUCAUCGACUCCAAGCCCUAGUGCGGGGGUUACUCCCGUCCCCACUGGGAAAACCACUGGUCCUCCAACCAGUGUGCCUCCAACUGGGCCACCUGGCCUGCCACAAAACACUCCAGUCCCAACAAAUAGGGAAACAACAUUGACAGGAGAGCCAUCAUCCACUCCCAGGCCUAGUUCUGGAGUUACUGCUCUCCCCACUGGGAAAACCACCGGCACUCCAACCAGUUUGCCUCCAACUGGGCCACCUGGCCUGCCACAAAACACUCCAGUCCCAACAAAUAAAGAAACAAGGUUGACAGGAGGGCCAUCAUCCACUCCCAGUCCUAGUUCUGGAGUUUCUGCUCUCCCCACUGGGAAAACCACUGGCACUCCAACCAGUUUGCCUCCAACUGGGCCACCUGGCCUGCCACAAAACACUCCAGUGCCAACAAAUAAUGCCCCAUCAUCCACUCCCAGCCCUACUGCAGAAGUCACCCCUUCCCCAAGUUCCAAGACUAUGGUUCCUUCCAGCGCUGGUAACCCAACUGUACUGCCUGGCCUGCCACAAAAUACACCUGUUCCAUCUGGUAAGGAACCAACCCAGACAGGAAUCCCUUCAUCCACACCUAGCCCUAGCGCUGGAGUCACUCCUGUCCCCACUGAGAGAACUACCGCACCUCCCAUUCCUGGGGCACCAACAGGCACGCCAGGGCUUCCAGAAACCACUCCAGUGCCCUCCAGCAAAGAAACAGAUGUUCCAACAGCAACAUUCAGCCCAAGUGCUGGGGUCACACCCGGUCCAAGUGUGCCGGAACCUACUGGUACCGAGAGUCCCACAUCUGGCAAAGAGACACCUCUCCCUUCUCAGGGUUUUCCACAGAACACACCGGUGCCAUCAAGUCUCCAACCUGGGCAGACACUAACCCCUACAUCUACUGUCAGCCCUAGUGGAGGAGUAACUCCGCUCCCAAGUGUGACGACUACAGGUCCUUCUAGCUCUGGAAACCCAACUGUAACCCCUGGCCUGCCACAAAACACACCAGUACCUUCAAGUAAGGAAACAACAGUGCCCACAGCUACACUCAGCCCAAGUGUUGGGGUAACACCAACUCCCAGCAAAACAGAGUCUCCCACAACUGGCAUUCCAUCCUUGGUGCAACCCUCUAAUACUUUGAGCCCAACCUCUGGCAAGGAGAAAACUAGCCCUUCUCUGGGAUUUCCACAGAAUACACCUGUGCCAUCUGGUACAGAACCGGUCCAGACAGGCAUUCCCACAUCCACUAACAGCCCUAGUGGGGGGGUAACUCCAGUCCCAAGUGUGAAGAAGACAGUGCCUCCAAACACUGGACUUCCAGUGCCACCUGCCUUGCCACAAAACACACCAGUGCCAUCAAGCAAGAACACAACAGUUCCCACAGCCACACUCAGCCCAAGUGUUGGGGUAACACCAACUCCCAGCAAAACGGAGACUCCCACAACUGGCAUUCCAUCCUUGGUGCAACCCUCUAUUACUUUGAGCCCAACCUCUGGCAAGGAGACAAUCAGCCCUUCUCUGGGAUUGCCACAGAAUACACCAGUGCCAUCUGGUACAGAACCAGUUCAGACAGUCAUCCCCACAUCCACUAACAGCCCUAGUGGGGGGGUAACUUCAGUCCCAAGUGUGAAGAAAACAGUGCCUCCAAACACUGGACUUCCAGUGCCACCUGCCUUGCCACAAAACACACCAGUACCAUCAAGUAAGGAAACCGGUGUGCCAUCUACUCUGGCACCUACAGUGGCUGGAACUGUUACUGAAUCAGGGGGAGGCAGCGAGACUCUCAGUCCAACUGGCUCUCCUGUUACUUCCACUCCAACAACAGGGAAUCCAACCCCAAGCUUCGGAAGCGAUACACCUGCUCCAACAAUCAAGAAGACACCAACCACAAGUGAGCCUACAUCAGCCACUACCACAAUCCCCACCAUACAACAAAGCACAAAUGAACCAUCAAUGAAUCCCACGUUCAGUUUUGGUCGUAAUACACCUGUACCAACAAAACAAAAGACAGAGUCACCUACCAUUUCGAUUACAGAGUUUCCAUCCUUGUCCCCAACCCCCAACCCAACUACAGCCGAGACCGUAACUGACACAGGAAGUGGCAGUGAAACUCUGAGUCCUACUGAAGCACCCGUCACAGCAGCUCCAACAACUACAACAGUUACAGUCCCGCCAACUGAAACAACAGCAACAGGUAGUCCUUCAGCAUUUUCCUCCACUGGCAGCCCAACUGGCAACAAUCUUAGACUCACUGGAAGUCCCACAGGAACCACAACAACACCCCCAACUACUCCCUCGCCAACAACAAGUGAGAGUAGCACACCAACUGGAGCUACAGUUACAGCUGCACCCACUGGAACAAAGGCAACAGGAAUCCCUUCAGGAGCUCCCUCCACCGGAAGCCCUACAGGUACAUUUCGCACCUUCACUAGCAGCCCUACGGGGACAACAACAUUGUCUCCAGUUACACCUUCUCCGACACCCGGUGAAAGCAGCACACCAACUGGAACAACAGCUACUGUUGCACCCACUGAAACAACAGCAACAAGCAGUCCUUCAGCAGUUUCGUCCACUGGGAGCCCAACAGGCACUAUUCCUUCUCUCACAGGAAGUCCCACUGGCAUCAUGACAGUACCUCCAACAACUCCCUCACCAACCUCAGUAACUGGAUCACCAACUGGAUCUUCAGUCACAGGGAGCCCAACAGGAGUCCCUGUAACAUCAAGUCCAACUGGAAUCACUACUGCAACACCAACACCAGCUACCACAACUGGUAGCCCAACAGGCGAACCUGUCACCAGUUCACCCACAACAACAACCACUGGUCCAACUUCUGUUGAGAUCUGUUACCCAGAGGUUGUUCUUGAGGAAGAGAACUUUGAAAGCUUUGAUUCGGUUGAAUCUUGGAAUGGUGGCAGUCUCUUUGAUAGCGAUACUUCCACUCAGUUCUUGGGACUUCUGAACAAGGAGAAUCCACAGAUCUCCAACACUUAUGAGAUCCCACUAUCCUCCGGAUCAGAACAAGAGGGCGCAAAGGAGGUGCGAGUAGAGUUCACCCUGUACCAGCUUGAUUCGACAGAUUCAUCCACCAAGUUCUAUGCUGUCAUCAAUGAUGAACAGAUUGACUUGGGAAACAUGAAUCCCACUGCUGGGGGAGAGCCCCAGUCUGGAACCACUGACAGUGGCAUUCAAUGGACUCGAGUUACCCCCGAAGAGUCUCUCAGUGUGAAUGACGGGCCCACUGAUGACAAGAAGCACACAAUUGUGCUGUCCAUUCCAUCUGAUUUGAUUGAGGAUGAUUCUCCAACAUCACUGUCACUGGGAUUCCAGGUUGAUUCACCCAAUCCCAGUUCAGAGGAAAGCUAUGGAAUUGAUGAUCUGAAGAUCACAUCCUUUUACACUUGUGCAAAGACACAAUCUCCAUCAAUUGUGUCAACUGGCAGUCCAACAGUUGUAUCCGUGACAGGUACACCCACCCGAACGCCAUCGACAGGAAACCCUACUGGAACCGUAACUGAAUCACCCACUGGAGCAACAACAACAACAAGACCUACUGGUGUGUUGUCUACUGGGAACCCCACCAGAAUUAUCCCCUCAGUCACUGGAAGUCCCACUGGAACCACAACUGCAUCUCCAACAACUCCACCACCAACAACCGGAGAAACUGUCCCACCAACUGGAUCCACAACUGCACCACCUACAAUAUCCACAGAAACCCCUACGGGACUAGGAUCCACUGGCAGGCCAACCGGCACCAUCCCAAUCUUAACUACAAGUCCUACUGGAACCACAACGGCAUCUCCAACAACUCCAACACCAACACCGAAGAAACUGUCCCACCAACUGGAUCCACAACUGCACCUCCUACAAUCACCACAGAAAGCCCUACAGGACCAGCAUCCACUGGCAGGCCAACCGGCACCAUCCCAAUCUUAA